AUGAAACAGAUUACAACUUUCAACAUCUCUUUGGUUGUGCGUGGGACAGUUUCUGAGAGCAACUCUUUGGUGAAUAGUGAGACUGAUCCCUAUGCAGUUCCUAAGACCAUGGGAAUUUUCCAAAUGCUUGAGAGCCCAAAAGAUAUUACUACCACUUUGGUAGCCCAAAGGAUAAUCACCAAUCAUCAGAUUUACAUGAUACGCAAUACCAAGAAGGAAGCUAGCGAGAAGAAAUAUUAUGCUGAGAAGCAAUAUGUCUCAGGAGAUUGA